AUGGCCGACCACGACACCGGAGGAGAGCCCACAGGAACGCUUGCUCCCGAUGUCGUCAUUGUGGGCGCCGGCUUCAGCGGCUGUUACGCUCUCUAUAAGUUGAGACAGCUCGGGUACUCCGCCAAAAUCCUCGAGGCCGGAAGUGACUUCGGCGGCGUCUGGCACUACAGCAGAUAUCCCGGAGCCCGGGUUGACUCGGACACACCGUCAUAUCAGUUCAGCUUACCAAAGGUGUGGGAAACCUUCAAUUUCAAAGAGAGAUUUCCCGGGCACGAGGAGAUUCGACGAUACUUCUCUCACGUUGACGCCACCCUCGAUCUGCGAGUGGAUACCAUCUUCGAUGCCCGAGUUGACAACGUGAAGUACAACGCGAGCAGCGCGCGAUGGAACUUCCAUACAGAACGAGGUCUUCGCAUCUCGUCAAGAUUCGCCAUCUUCGCCUGCGGAAGUUUCAGCAAGCCUUAUCUCCCUCCUUUUCCGAACCUGGACACGUUCCGCGGGGAUAUCAUCCAUCCAUCCGCUUGGCCUGAACGCCUUCAACUGAAGGGCAAAAACAUCGGGAUCAUAGGCCAAGGCGCAUCCGGUCUACAAUUGGUUCAGGAACUCGCAAAAGAGGACUGCCAGUUGACUAUCUUCGUACGGAACCCCUGCCUCGCGGUUCCCAUGCGCCAGAGAAGUCUCCCGUACCGAGAAUCGGAGGAGUUGAAGAACUACUACGACGGCAUAUUCUACAAGGCAAAGUUCGGCUCAUCAUCAGCCAUCGCGUACAAUCAAAACACGGACUACUUUCACGGCACGAGCAAUGAAGACAGCAUUGUUCUCUUCGAGCGCCUCUGGAACAGGGGAGGUUUCGGUCUGACGUUGUCGAACUAUCGCGAUGUCAUGUUCGACAAAGCGGCCAACUCGAGCGUCUACGACUUUUGGGCUCGAAAGACCAGGGCUCGGAUGACCGAUCCAGAGAAAAGGGAUAUCGUUGCACCCCUGGAACAGUUCCAGUGGUUUGGCGACAAACGAGUCAAUCUUGAGAUGGACUAUUACGAAAUGCUGGAUCGUCCAAAUGUCAAGAUCGUUGACCUCAAGAAAACGCCGAUUACAUCCUGCUAUGAUCAAGGCAUCGUGAUCGAAGGGCGAGAGUCUUUGCAACACCAUCGACUGGACGUCAUAAUUGCAGCCACCGGCUACGACUCCGCCACGGGCGGCUUGUUCGAGAUGAACAUACACGACAAGCAUGACGUGAAGCUUCAGAAGACUUGGGAGGCUGGGAUCGACACCUAUUUCGGUAUGCUGGUGCCGGGGAUGCCCAACGCAUUUCUCCUGUACGGGCCGCAGGCGCCGACAACGCACACCAACGCGCCCUCUUUCAUCGAACUGCAAGUAGAUUAG